AUGCCCGAAAUGGUAGUGGAAUCAUCAAGCUCUAGUCCAGCGCCUAGGUUUAAGAUUUCUGUAGCAUCCAUCGCUAGUCCUGUGGAAUCGCGAAAUACUACAACAUCCUCAAAGAUAACUUCUUCAGAUAAACUUUCAGCUUUACCUUCAAACAGGAAACUUUCCAACCAGGAUGCACUAGCGACCUCGACAUUCACUACCUCGAGUAGUAUCAAACGCGGAUGGCGAAGAAGUUUCGAUGGUUCCGAUCUGCACAAAUUAAGUCAUAAUGUAUGGGGAACCCCACAUGUCGCUGUGCAUACCGCACGAUUUGAGCCUCAUCCGAUCAAUCAUCCAAUGCGAGGUACAUCGGACCAAAUGUCUUCAGGGAAGGAGACGCCGCGUCAGCGCGUUUCCACUGAGAGCGAUCGAGCAUCUUUGCCUGCAAUGCGACAAGCCAUUUCACGGCUCGCCCGAGGAAGUGGGCCUUCUCAUUCUUCACCGCCUCUUCGAUCAUCUCCUUUCAAGUCAAAUCAUCCGGAGGAAGACUCCGAUAAUUACUUAACGUCUCGUUCCCCUUCACAGUCAAAGUCGCGAGCAGCUUCGCCUCUUCGAAUGCUACAUAAUUGGUCCUCAGGCUUUCAUCGUAGUAACAGGUCCUCAAAUGAGGAGCCUUUCAUACCAAUCGACCCAUUCAGGUCCGGAAGAUUUCCUUUCUGCGGCACUGCCCACCGCCAUUUUCAUCACCUUCACGACGUCGAGUUGGGUGGAUCCUCUUCCAGCGGUGCAUGCGACUGCGAUGACCUCGUCCCUGUUGCAUCAGUGCGAGCCUUUUUCAAAGAUACCCAGACUUUUAUCACGGAUACCCUUCCGCGCGAACUUUACCUGAAUUUACUACUUCGUCUGCCAGCCAUGUAUUUUUCUCGUGUGGCUCGCAUAUUUGAAGAUGCCGAUGUCAGCAGACCAGACAUACAGCGCAUGAUCAAUACUUCUUGUGGGACCAUUCGCGGGCGACAUGUCCAUCCUCAUCCUCCUGGGGAAUCCGAAGCCGUAAAUCCAGAAGCUCGAUCCGGUGGAGGCAAGAAGGGGCCAACCACAAAUGCAACUUUGUCGCCAGGUGCUAUAUCCGGUAUUGGCUUGUCGGCACACAUUGGCACGGCUCCUGCUACAAGUCUCAUGCACAUGCCUCUACCUUUCCCAGACGAAUGGACCCCAGCGGUCGUUUCGCCGGCUUUGAUUAGGUUCAAACAUUCGUGGGAAGCAUUCAUUGACUCGCUGCUCCGUGAAUGGAAGACUUUGAAUGUAGUUUCUGCAUUACUUGCGUCGGCUAUCCUUACGAUUUUUCAAAUACCUGAGGCGGCAGAGGACCCAGUUACGCGAACGCUUGCACUAUUAUCGCUCAUAUGCGCUUUAAUGAGCCUUUCGUAUGGAUGUAUGUAUAUUGUCAGGUUCGGCACAAUGCGGAGCAUGUUUCAUGCAUCUAGAUGGGCAGAGGAGGCCCAGAAAACCAAAACUCUUAUUUGGUGGAACGUAUGGGUGCUGCUAGCAACACCGUCUGUGUGGAUGGCAUGGUCAAUGCUUCUAUUUUUAUCUGCCAUACUGUCGUUCGUCUGGCGUACUGGUUCAGUCCUAGAUCCAGAGGAUCGACCGCCUUUGGGGGCCAAAGCUAUACUCGGGCCUCGGAUUGCCAUUACCCUCGUGUUUUUCUUGGGGAUAGUUUACCUUGCGCUCAUAGUGCGCACUCUCAAGAAAUAUGGAUCUCAGCAGAAUGCGGCACGCGCGUUGAUUGAAGUAGGGUCGAGUGGGCGGGUCGACCAAACCGCCGCUGCCAACGUUGCAGUCGCCCGAGGAAAAACCGCAAAACAUCGACAUGACGAAAUUAUGGAGCGAAGAGGGCGAGAGAGAGAACGUUCUAGUUUACCUAGGGUUCGAAGGAGGGAAGAUACAGACACGAAAGGAAGAAAAGAGGGGAGAAAGAAAACCUCGGGGGAUCCUGACGCGAAAGUUCUAGCACCGAAAGGCGUAUUCGGUCUGGUUGCGAUUGACAAAGGACCUGGUGCCCGUGAUGACACGCAUGAGUUUGAGCUGCAGGUGGAUUCGAAGAGUUUUGAAGAUAUCGUCAUACAAGAAAUGCAAGUUUAG